AAAUCAGUCUUCUUUAGUGUACCAGAAAUCUGUUUCCUUGAUGAAAAUGAAGAAACCGCUCAAUCGAGCCAACUCCGAGGAUGUUUUUGGCCGCAAAUACAAAACGGCAAUUCGGGCGUAUCAAAACUACAUGGAAGGAUUGCAUUUGAUGCUGCAGGAGAAAGAGGACAAUAUAAUGAACAUUUUGCAUCAACGCUCUAGCCCUCUGUGGUACCAGGAGUUAACUGAUCAGCAGUGUGCAGUGUGCGAUCGGCUUCUAGAUGCUAUCGCUGAUGAUAUGGAUGAGCGAACGGUUAACCGCUCCAAAGGGUUACUACGCUCGCUGGGCGUGUUUCCACUGUGUCCAAGCAACAUCGUGCGAACCGCACUGAUUCUUUGUAACCGAAACGAUAUCUCAUUCCUUUGGACCCUGCUGGAGUUGCACUACAUGCGACGGGAAGAUGCCAAGGCGACUUCAUCAUCCCCCAUGAACUACUCCAUCAAUGAAAGGCUAUUGCUUUCAGCGAUAGCACACCUGGAUAUGAUGACGACGCUGCGAGGAUUAGAUAAGAUCCUUCCUACAAAGGUACCGACUGGCGAGCUGAAAUCGAAAGGCAAGAAAGCAACAGGAGCACCAGGGGAGUGCCAACCGGGGUCUUCACCCUACCUUCAGCGGCGGCAAACUGUAAAGAAAACGGGAUACACCGUUCCGGUGCGCUUUCAACCUCACAAGGACGAGUUUCUGGAGCGCUAUGAACGGUACCGUGACCCGGAGUAUGUAAUACGCAAUGAAGCCACUCGUUGGUUUGCACGAUACGAUAAUGCCAGGCAAAGUCUCUCAUCCGGCGAGGAACCUUUCGCCUCCUCGAGUGAAACGGAAACCGGCUCGAUGGAGGGCAGUAGCCCACGAGCAAUUGCCCAGCGAGUGCUGGAUGGGGAGAUACGCGAUUUGAUUAAGCGUGUCGAUUGCUGCCAGCUUCUUUGCCCAAAGCACCAUGCGCUGUCGGAUGACUCAUCGACACGUGCCGCACUAAUGGAAGCCGUUGAAGCGGUGCGCACCAAAUGGGCCGCGGAAGAACAGCCGAAGCCAGAACCGCACGAACAUGUUAGUGAUCUGCUGAAGCAUCUUAUAGACAAAGCGGUCACGCUGGCUAUCCUCGAUCCGGCGAACGAUUGUACCGAGUGCCGACAGCGAUACGAGAUGCAGGAGGCACUGUUACGGGGAGAAACAUGUGUCUGCCUUCCGGAAGACAACCCACCAGUGGCACUACUAUCGGCAUCGGCAUCGAAGGGACGUUACUUUCGAUUCCAGGACUGGCCGGUUCCCUUUAAGUUUGAUUAUCGCGAGAUUUUAGGACCACGCUGCGAUACAGCAUGCCCGAUAAAGGAUACGAUAAGGCGUGCGUUUGAUUUGCAUGCGUCUGCCAGCGGUUCGACGACCAUUUCGGAAGGAAUCGAACGGAUUGUGAAGAUGACUUGGAAGGAGGAGUCCAACCAUUGGAACGAGCAAAUGGAAGAAAACCGCAGGCUUGCCAAGAACCGCACGAUCGAGCCAAGAAAUCCGCUAGAUGUAAACGAUAUUGAUACAAAGAAUUCACGCGAUUUGAAGGAGCUGCUAAAGCGUGCCCUCCACGAGCUAGCCAAGAAUCCAAAGUAUAUUCUUGCAACGUUUCCCGAUGUUCACAAGCUGCCGUUACUUGUCGCCUGGAUUCGGCAACGUUACGCAUGCCCGAUAAGCCCAGAAGAACGUCGCACGGCAUUACUGGCAAGUCGCUAUUUUUGGGAAUAUCUUAUCCCUCACGCAACUUCCGCGAGAUGGCCGGUGCGUGACGAUGCCGGAUACGAGGAGAAGGUUAACUGGAACUACAAACAGAAGCUAGAGGCAAAGGUCAAAACUCUCAUGAACCGCUAUUAUCGGAGACUGAAAAAGGUCGAUAUACAGGAAGGUCGCCUCUGGUGGGCCAGCAUGGUGCCGUACCAUGCCGGACCGGAUCGGUUUCGGCGUACCUUCUACGCGUACUUUCCAAACUGCGAACCGAAGGCGGUACCCUUGGUGCGGCCCUGGCGGACAAACUAAGUUAGCU